UUUGCCGCCUAGCUUGACUGUUGCGCAACAAACUGUUCUCAUGGAUUCUCCAUAUCUUGAUGAACAUUAUUUUGAGACAAAUGAAGAUGAAGUAUGCGGUAAUAUUCCAACUGGAGUUGAUGUCUCAAGGGAGAAUAGUCUCACUGGUGAUUCACUUACAAGAAUGAAGGCACAAUGGGCAGAGGAAUUGAAGCAGGUGGAAGAUGAAAUCCAAACAUUGAGACAAGUUCUCCUAUCGAAAUUUCGACGUCAACAAUAUUUAAAACGUCAACUUGGUAUUACACCGAUUGCUGAACUCAAAAGUGAAGUUAAACAAGGUUUGGAUACCUUACGAACUAGUGAUGCAUACCAGAAAACUUCAGCUGUCGUGAAAACUGCUAAAGACAAGACAUCCGCUGUAAUAUAUGAGAAAUGGAAUUUACUACGCCAAUCUAAUGCAUACAAAUCUUUCGAGAAUAAAGUUGGCUCAGCCUAUUCUAAUGUUUAUCUUACCAUUCCAUUCUCUAAUAUGGGUAUCCAAUCUGGUUCUUCAUUAUUUGGGAAGUUGACUCGAUCGACAACAUCUGCAGGCAAUAACGAGCAACCAAAGAAUUUACAGAAUUUAACGGCGAAUUCGUCUUCAUCUAAUGGUAAUGUGACAGACGUUGUCCAUCAAACGCCUGUAUCGUCAUCAUCACAAUUAUUAGCAUCGUCAUCAUUGAAGAAAGACACUGUUAACAGUGAUAGUACAAACAUCGGUGAUCAUCAGAAUGAUGGUAGUCACGGUGAUGGGGAUGGUGGUGAUGAUGUUGAUGAGAAAUACGCUAUCCAUUUAGAUAAUAAUCUAUUCGAUGAAGAGAUAGAAAUGCUUACAGCGGAUAAAGAUAUCGACAAUAGGACAAGAAAGAACAAGAAGAAACACUAAUGACGAUCAGGCCAAGGCGAGGCGACGUACUCUCCUUCUCUCUCUCUCUCUCUCCUACACACUCAUACAAAUGCACUCGCUACCAACUAACUAACAUAGGAUGGAUGUGAAUAAUGAUCAUUUCAACCGGUUUAAUUUUCUCUUUACACUAAUCAUAAUAUUAAUAAUAAUAAUGACGAAAGGUAAUAUUUGAUGCUCAACAUCAUUCAUGCAUUCUCAAAAUACAUAUCUGUUUUAUUAAAUUUUUGUUUUUUAAUACAGCAAAGACAAUUUUACCUGUUUUUUUUCGUAUACACACGUAUAUACUACUAACACUUGACUGUGAUAUUCAGUAAUAUCUGUUGUCUGAUUAAUUUCUUUGUCUAAAAUGUGCUUUUGCAAAUUUUGGUCAGGGUGUGAUAUCCAUUUGAAUUCUCUCUGUCUGUGUGUAUGUGUGUGUUCUGGUGUGUUUGUGUUUGUCUGUUUAUGCUUGCGUAUGUAUGUGUGUAUGAAUGCUUAUUCAAAUUGACAAAAGUUAUUAGGCGUGUGAUGAUAAUAAUAAUAAAUGGAUAAUUUUCUCAUGAGAA